AUGCUCCCUCUGCUGUUUCUCUCUCUCGCCGCUCUCGCCUUCGCCAGCAGCCCAGCCGACACUGGACGCAUCCGCAAUGCCAACCACAUCUUCAACGCCAUCCACUCGUCCAUGAGGCAAUGGGGCGGCUCCUGGUACCACAACGGCAUGUCCUUCUUCCUGGCCACCGUGCCUGCCGGCACGCAAUUCUACCACGGCACCGACAAGUCCGAACCCGUCAACGGCACCGAAUGGCUUGCCUUUGAGCCGGAGCAUGCUCUGGCUUUUGCUCGUCCCAGGCCCCGCGGUCAUCCCCCGGGAAAGGACCGACAGGAUCGACCAGCCAGUAAGAGAAAGCUGCCGCAGAAGAGGGAGCAGAAACCACUGCGUGGUGGAAAUGUCGAGGGCGACGACGAAGCAGGCUUCCUCCACACCUACGUCACAGCCAAAGACCUGCGUCUGCUCUAUCUCGACGGCCUCUCCGCUGGCAAAACAGACAUGGGCACCCUCGACUCGCAGGACCGCAUCCUGCUGCGCGACAACAUCACCGGUCCCGGGUUCCAGGAGUACGAGCGCGCCGCGCUGGCGUGUCAGAUCGCGCGGGACGACUGGCACGGCCGCAUCGAUGGCAUCCUGCGCAUGGAGGCCGGGUUCGAGAUCAUCCUCUGCGACUUUGCGCGCGAUCUACACGUCGUGCGGAUCAGUCGCGUCAAAGGCGGACGACGAGGAGGUCCUAGACAAGGAGUUGAGGGCUUCUCAACGUACAAGGCCAUCGCGGCACGGUUCAACGGGAUAGGCGGCGGCAGGGUGCGGGUGAAUUACGACCAUUUCGUGACGGCGUACACGUACGAAGACCUCGACCUCUUUCAGGGAGGGAAGAACGAACUGCCGCGUCUGGCGCAUUUCUCGUACGACGAGCUGGAGCCGCUGAGGAAAGACCUCAGCCGUCUGGUGCUGGAGCACGACGCGGCCGAGCCGUCGUUCGACUGGCAGUCCAUCGCCGACAUGAUCAUCGAGCGCUACUCGAACGAGCUCAAGUAUCUCGCGUCGGGGAAUCUCUCGUCCAUCGAGGCCUUGCAUGCGGAAAUCGAGACCCUCCUGGCCCCGUUUAUAGACUAUGCUCUGCGCAACGCCACCGCAGAGGCGGAGCGAUGCGCAACGCAGUUCAUCCCGGCCAGUGCACCAAGCGAGACCCUCGCCGCGCGCGUGGUAUAUGACGUCGCGUACACCAUCUGCUCAACUCUGCGGUCUGUCCUAGACGAGGAGGACCACGGAACUGCCGUGGCAAGUGUCCAACAGCUCAUCGACUACCUAGGCUGGACGACAUGGAAGGAAUGCCCUCAGAAAUGCCGCUACAACGAGGUCUGCUUCAUCCCCAUCUGGCCGUCCGGCACGGUCGAGGAUCGCGAGCAUCCGCAAUGCCGGGACAGGCCGUCGUCGGAGGGGGAGCGGUAUUGGCGCGGAGGGCCGGGCAGAGGGCCUCCCAGGGAUGGAUUCGAUAAGCAUGGGCAUUAUGAUGAGUUGUAA